CGGGCGGCAGGUGAGUCGCCAGGUCUCCAAGGCUCCAAUCACUCCGGAGACUGAGCCAUGGGGGGAAAGCAGGACGGGGACGAGAACGAGGCCUAUGGGAAACCAGUCAAAUAUGACCCCUCCUUUCGAGGCCCUAUCAAGAACAGGGGCUGCACAGAUAUCAUCUGCUGUGUCCUCUUCUUUGUCUUCAUUCUCGGUUACAUCGCGGUGGGGCUCGUGGCCUGGGUGUAUGGAGACCCCCGGCAAGUCCUCUACCCCAGGAACUCUACCGGGGCGUACUGCGGGAUAGGGGUGAACAAAGAUAAACCGUAUCUCCUGUACUUCAACAUCUUCAACUGCAUCCUGGCCACCAACAUCAUUACAGUCUCUAUGAACGGCCUGCAAUGCCCCACACCCCAGGUGUGUGUGUCCUCCUGCCCAGAGGCUGCAUGGACCGUGCAAGUAAACCAGCUCUCACAGACAGUCGGGGAGGUCUUCUACACUGCAGAUAGAAACUUUUGUCUGCCAGGGGUGCCUUCGGAUAUGAUAGUGCAUGAAAGCCUGACAGAGGAGCUCUGCCCCAGUUUCCUCCUCCCUUCCACUCCAGCUCUGGGGCGUUGUUUUCCAUGGCCCAAUAGUACUCUGCCCGAACUCUCAGGGAUCAGCAACACUUCCGUCUCCGAGGGGAUCAGUGGUCUUCUUGACAAGAUCAAUGCCCGUGACAUCAGUAUUAAGAUCUUUGAAGACUUUGCCCACUCCUGGUAUUGGAUUCUUGUUGGCCUAGGUGUGGCUCUGGUCCUGAGCCUACUGUUUAUCCUGCUUCUGCGCCUGGUGGCCGGGCCCCUGGUGCUAGUGCUGAUCCUGGGGGUGCUGGGCGUGCUGGCCUAUGGCAUCUACCACUGCUGGAAGGAGUACCGAGUGCUGCGGGACGAGGGUGCCUCCAUCAACCAGCUGGGCUUCACCACCAACCUCAGCGCCUACCGCAGCGUUCAGGAGACCUGGCUGGCGGCAUUGAUCGUGCUGGCUGUGCUUGAAGGCAUCCUGCUGCUGAUGCUCAUCUUCCUGCGGCAGCGGAUUCGCAUCGCCAUCGCCCUCCUGACGGAGGCCAGCAAGGCCGUGGGACAGAUGAUGUCCACCAUGUUUUACCCGCUGGUCACCUUUGUCCUCCUGCUCAUCUGCAUCGCCUACUGGGCCAUGACUGCUCUGUACCUGGCCACAUCCGGGCAACCUCAGUAUGUCCUCUGGGCGCCCAACGUCAGUGCACCCGGCUGUGAGAGCGUGCUAGUUAAUGAAUCAUGUGACCCCAUGCAGGACCAGCCCGUGAACUCCUCCUGCCCAGGGCUGACAUGCGUCUUCCAGAGCUACUUGUCCAAAGGCGUGGCACAACGUUCUCUCUUCAACUUGCAAAUCUACGGGGUCCUGGGGCUAUUCUGGACCCUCAACUGGGUACUGGCCCUGGGCCAGUGUGUCAUGGCUGGGGCCUUUGCCUCCUUCUACUGGGCCUUCCAUAAGCCCCAGGACAUCCCCACCUUUCCUCUGAGCGCUGCCUUUAUCCGCACAAUCCGUUACCACACCGGGUCGCUGGCCUUCGGAGCCCUCAUCCUGACCAUUGUGCAGAUAGUUCGGGUCAUCUUUGAGUACAUUGACCACAAACUGAGAGGAGCCCAGAACCCUGUGACGCGCUGCAUCAUGUGCUGCUUCAAGUGCUGCCUCUGGUGUCUGGAAAAGUUCAUCAAGUUCCUGAACCGCAAUGCAUACAUCAUGAUCGCCGUCUAUGGGAAGAAUUUCUGUGUCUCAGCCAAAAACGCCUUCAUGUUGCUCAUGCGGAACAUUGUCAGGGUGGUGGUCCUGGACAAAGUCACAGAUCUGCUGCUGUUCUUCGGGAAGCUGCUGGUGGUUGGAGGUGUUGGAGUCCUGUCCUUCUUUUUUUUCACCGGUCGCAUCCAGGGGCUGGGUAAAGACUUUGAGAACCCCCAACUCAACUAUUACUGGCUGCCCAUCAUGACCUCCAUCGUAGGGGCCUAUGUCAUCGCCAGCGGCUUCUUCAGCGUUUUUGGCAUGUGUGUAGACACGCUCUUCCUCUGUUUCUUGGAGGAUCUGGAGCGGAACGACGGCUCCCUGGACCGGCCCUAUUACAUGUCCAAGUCCCUUCUGAAGAUUCUGGGCAAGAAGAACGAGGCGCCCGCGAGGGACAAGAAGAGGAAGAAGUGAGAGAUGCAGCCCUGAGCCAAAGCUGCACCCUGCCUGUACAGCCUCAUAGCCUCAUCCGCCUUCCAGAUCCCGAUUUUGUAGUAAAAAGAUUUUAUUAAAAAUUAUGUUUUCUUUUCUCAA